CUAAUUCAUGUCACUAUUUUUCCUCAUACCUCUUUAGAUGGCUCCAAGAGCUGGUUGUUUCCUUGCAAGUAACCAGCUGGUUCCCUUUUGCCUUUUUCCAUCCAAAUUAGAGCCUGCCCCCUCGAUCAUAUCAGUCACCCUCCACCAUAGUUUCUCACGGACUUUCCACUUUUUCGAAGACACCUCCCUCUUAUCUAUGUUAUGUCUUUAUGUCCAUGGACUCAAUUUCUCAUUCAUCUCUCAACCGAAUUGCAUACGCAGGCCUUAUAAUCGCUUCCAUUGCAGCCCUUCUCGCCAUUACCAACCCCAGAACAUGCAAGCCCUCAAUCUCCUUUCCUCAUGCUUCUUGCCAAACAAACCUGCGCAGGGUUACCACCAUUGAAAAUAAGAAUAAGAAGCUCUGGUCAACAAAAGAGUGGAGGAAAAGAGUGGAUUCAUUCAAAGAGUUGUUUCAUAAUCUUACCGCUAAUGGCUUCCUUAGCAAUGAUUCUAAGGUUUUGUGUGUCUCAGCUGGUGCAGGCCAUGAAGUAAUGGCCCUAAAAGAGAUGGGUUUGAAGAAUGUUGAUGGAGUUGAGAUUGUGGGUUCUCCUCCUCUGGUGAAAAGAGCUGAUCCCCAUGACCUUCCAUUCUCUGGUGGGGUUUUUGAUGUAUGUUAUAGCGCCCAUUUGGCUGAGUCUCUUUUCCCAUCUCGAUUUGUUUCUGAGAUAGAACGCACUGUUAGGCUAAUGGGUUUCUGUAUUCUUACUGUGGAGGCUUGUUCUGAUGAGAAAUUGGCGAGAGUUACAGGUUUCUUUAGGAAUUCAAACUUGGUUUUUGUUGGUAAUGUUACUUUGGGUGAGGAUGAACUCACCCAGAUGGUAAUGAGAAGAGAAAGUUAUUCUUGAUGUAAA